AUCCAAGUGGUAGAUAAUCACUUCAAAUUUUACAACUAAAACAGCUCACCAAAGAUACAAUUCUUUUCUUGCAUGACUCGUGCACCACUACUCUUACUCGGAUGAUAUUGAUGGAUGUCUGAAAAACGGCAAAAAUCUCAAUUUUCCGAAGUUAGAAACAAACUAAAUUCAUAACACCCACAAAAAAAAAAUUCCCAUUUAAUACCAGAAAAAAGAAACACAAGAAAUUUGAUUUGGAAAAAAAAAAAAUCAGACCCAUUGAAAAUGGGUGAUUUGAAUGAGAGAUUGAAAGCAUUUAUCAGCAAUAGAUGGCUGGUUUUUGUGGUAGCAAUGUGGAUUCAAGCAUGUGCAGGAAUUGGGUAUAUGUUUGGUAGCAUAUCACCAGUAAUUAAGAGCAAUUUGAACUAUAAUCAAAGGCAAGUUGCAAGAUUGGGUGUUGCUAAAGAUUUGGGAGAUAGUGUUGGAUUUUUGACUGGUUAUAUUUGUGAAGUUUUACCUUUGUGGGCUGCUCUUCUUAUUGGUGCUCUUCAGAAUUUGAUUGGAUAUGGUUGGGUUUGGCUCAUCAUCACUGGUAGAGCAACACCUUUACCUUUGUGGGCUAUGUGCUUUCUUAUAUUUAUUGGAACGAAUGGUGAAACAUACUUCAAUACAGCUGCCCUUGUCUCAUGCGUGCAAAACUUUCCAAAAAAUCGAGGUCCAAUUGUGGGCAUCUUGAAAGGCUUUGCUGGGUUAAGUGGAGCAAUAUUGACCCAAGUUUAUACCCUCAUUUACAGUCCUGACCAAGCUUCACUUGUCUUCAUGAUUGCUGUUGGACCAACUAUGGUAGUCAUGUCUCUAAUGUUCAUUAUAAGACCUGUCAAAGGUCACAGACAAGUUCGGCCCUCUGAUGGAGCAAGUUUCACAUUUGUCUAUAGUGCUUGCCUUGUGCUGGCUGCUUAUCUGAUGGGGGUGAUGCUUGUGGAAGAUUUGAUCGAUGUCCGUCAUUCUGUCAUUGUAAUUUUCACUUCGAUCUUAUUUGUAGUCCUGUUAGCCCCUAUUUCCAUUCCAAUCUCCAUGACUUUUACAGAAGAACCACGAACUUCAAUCGAGGAAGCUCUUCUACUAGAGCCCCAGAAAGAGGAACCUGCAAAAGCAGCUGAAUCUGAUACUGAACUUGUAUUUAGUGAGGUUGAAGACGAGAAACCAAAGGAUGUCGACUUGCUUCCAAGAUCAGAGAGGAAAAAACGUAUUGCCCAGCUGCAAGCACGGGUAGCCCAAGCUGCAGCGGAAGGAGCAGUCAGGGUUAAGAGAAGAAGAGGUCCUCAUAGGGGGGAAGACUUCACGUUAGGAGAAGCUCUCGUGAAGGCAGACUUUUGGCUUCUCUUUUGUCCGUUCGUGCUAGCCUCUGGAUCUGGUUUGACUGUGAUUGACAAUCUUGGUCAGAUGAGCCAGUCUCUAGGCUAUGAUAACACUCAUAUAUUUGUAUCCAUGAUUAGCAUUUGGAAUUUCCUUGGUCGUGUUGGAGGGGGUUACUUGUCCGAGAUUGUUGUCAGGGAUUAUGCUUAUCCGAGGCCAGUAGCAAUGGCUGUGGCCCAAAUCAUAAUGGCAGUGGGACACUUCUUUAUUGGCAUGGGAUUGCCUGGCGCAAUGUAUGUUGGAACCCUUUUGAUUGGGCUUGGCUAUGGUGCCCAUUGGUCUGUUGGUCCGGCUACUGCCUCUGAGCUCUUUGGCUUGAAGAGUUUUGGAGCGUUGUAUAAUUUCCUUACCUUGGCAAAUCCUGGUGGUUCACUUGUUCUCUCGAGCCUUAUAGCUAGCAGUAUAUAUGACCGAGAAGCAGAGAAACAAGAAGAGAAGCGCCGUCAUAUUGGUUCUUUCUUGACUGGUAUGGUUAGUUUGGAAGAACCCCCAAAGUGUGAAGGUGCUAUAUGCUUCUUUCUUACUUCCAUGAUCAUGUCUGGAUUAUGCAUUAUUGCAAUUAUGCUGACCACGAUCCUCGUAUAUCGGACUAAGCCUGUUUAUACUAGUCUCUAUGGAAAAUCACGUUCCUAAUCCAUAUGAGGCAGCCGCGCAGGCAUUUACUAUAGUUUUCAAUUUGUGAUUUACUUCCACAACCUUCUGCUAGAUGUCUCAUAAUGUGGGAUACGAUGCUCACCUACAAACCUGUACACUGAGAUGACAAUCUGUCCUGAACUUCUCUAGCUCAAAGCUCAAGCAAGUGUACACCUUAUUGGUUGAGAUGUCGAUGUUUUUUUGAGAAUCAAUGUAAGCGAGUAUUUUGUCGCUAGAUGUUGUAAAAUAACAUAUUUCCUCCAAAUGUGUGAUAGACUCGGCCCUCGGGAGGUUUAUAUUAUUUGGAAUAAGAUGAUUCUUUCUCCAUAUAUGGUAGUAUGAUCUUGUUUUGUUCAUAA